GGGAAGGGCAUUUCUGGAAAGGAAAACUGAUUUCAUUACUCUAAUCUUUUGUUUCGGAGGAUAUAAAUUGUGAUUGCCUCGUCCUCCCCUCCUUACAUUCAUCACUGCUCUUUAUCCAUUUCUGCAAGGAAAAGUUUUAUCCGAAGAAACGUACAGAUCAGUCGAAGAAGAUGUUAGCAGUGUUCAGCAAGUCGGUGGCGAAGUGCCCGGAGGCCCUCCAGAGCCCCCGCGACGGACCCUCGGCGCCCACCUCCGCCCUGAAGGACGGUUUCCUGGCCAGCAAAUUCGCGGCCACGAGCUCCGGCCCCGUCACGAUCAACCUCGGCGACUCCGGCGUCAUGGCGUAUUCUUCCGGCCGUCAUAACCCACUCCUCCCCAGGUUAUUUGCAGCUGUGGAUGGGUUGUUCUGUCUGUUCCAAGGACAUAUUGAGAAUGUGGCUCAUCUGAAACAGCAAUAUGGGCUGAACAAGACUUCAAACGAGGUGAUCAUUGUGAUCGAGGCGUAUCGGACUUUGAGAGAUAGGGGUCCUUACCCUGCUGAUCAAGUUGUGAAGGAUUUUCAUGGAAAAUUUUCUUUCGUUCUCUAUGACAGCUCUUCAAAGGCUACCUUCAUAGCAGCUGAUGAGGAUGGAAGUGUGCCAUUCUUUUGGGGAACUGAUUCUGAAGGUGACCUGGUUCUCUCUGAUGAUGCUGACCUUGUGAAGCAAGGGUGUGGGAAAUCUUUUGCACCAUUUCCAAAGGGAUGCUUUUUCACUUCUUCUGGAGGCUUAAGGAGCUAUGUGCACCCGCUACAUGAGCUGAAAGCUGUGCCGAGGGUGGACAGCUCAGGCGAGAUGUGUGGUGCCACAUUCAAAGUUGACUCAGAGUCCAAGAAAGAGAGUACUGGUCUUCCUAGAGUUGGGAGUGCUGCUAACUGGUCUGAGCAUUACUAAAUCAAAGCUCGCCUAAGCUCAUCCCCCAAAUACCCCUUUAGUUUCUCGCCUUUCUCCAAUUGCUGUAAACUUGAGCUGAGUUUUAUGCUAAAACUGUAGGAAGACGCUUCAUGUGAACUCCAUUUCUGACCUUUAAUAAGUAUUGUGAAUUACAUAGUCUCUUAUCGUCUAAUGCAUGCCACAAAAUAAACAACUUUCC